UGGUUGUAGAAGGGGAGAAAGCUUGAUUUUGUUUUUUGUUCUUGCUUUGCUGCACCUUUGAGAUCGUCUGCGCAUUUAUUGGGAAAGAAGAAAAAUAAGCUGCAACAGUUAAAAAAAAACACUUAUAAAGAGAAGGACUUUUUCUUUCUUUCUUUUUUUAUUUUAUUAUUAUAUAUUUUUUUUUUUACUGUUGAUCCUUUAUUUUUAUUUUUAUUUUAUUUUAAACAACAACUCGUUGUCGGACUGCUUUAAAGACCCGGAGCAGCACCGACCUCCCGCUUGGACCCAACGCCGACCUGCGACACUUCUCUGGCGGCCUCAGCGGCAGCAGUACCCCGGUGAGAGGAGGAGGAGAGGGGGCCGCCUCGGGUAUAAACGCGGACCACAAACCCCGUUCUUUGAAGCUCUGGGAUCCGCUGGUGGAAGAGGAAAAGGAGGAGGAGGAGGCAUUGCUGGGAUGUUUGAGCCGCGCUGUUUGGUGGGGUGACCGAGAGAGAGGGAGAGAAAGAGAGAGAGAGAGAGAGAGGCCGCAGAGACCGAGAGAGGAGCCGGGAGCAUGGCUCUGGCAGCGCUGUCUCUUUGGGUGCUUACGAGUCUCACCUGGGGCAGCGUGCUCCAGGUGUCAGCCAACAGGCACUCCGUUUACUGGAACAGCUCCAACAUACAUCUCCGCAGGGAGGGUUACACGAUGCAGGUGAACGUCAACGACUACCUAGACAUCUACUGCCCUCAUUACAAUGACAGCCAGCGCAUGGUGGGCACUGGAGAGCAGUACGUCCUCUACAUGGUCAGCUACCGCGGUUACAGGAACUGCGACCCUCAGCUUGGCUUCAAGAGGUGGGAGUGCAACCGGCCCCACGCUCCCCACGCACCCAUCAAGUUCUCGGAGAAGUUCCAGCGCUACAGCGCCUUCUCGCUGGGCUACGAGUUCCACGUCGGCCAGGAAUACUACUACAUCUCCACACCCACUCACCACCAUGGACGCAGCUGUCUUAGACUACGCGUGUACGUCUGCUGCUCCACAGCCUCUGAUGUGGAUGAUGAGCCAGAGCCCACAGAACCAGACUACACGCUGAGACCAGGCCUAAAAAUUGAUGAUAUUGAUGAAUACAACCCAUUUGUUCCCAAACUGGAGAAGAGCGUCAGCGGAAGCAGUCCAUCCAGGGAUCGACUUCUCCUAACCGUGACGAUGCUCUUCCUUGCUGCCCUCUUCAUCUCCUAGCAGCAGGUGUGCCGUCAGCGUCACCAUGCCUUUCGGGGAAGACGUUCACUGUCAGCGUGCGGGAGAGCUGGGUCGGAGGGAAAAGCGAGGGCAUAAAGAAGCAGGAGGGAAGAGCAGCAGGGUUUUUUUUUAAGCUAUACGUUUUUCAAUCGUCAACAUGCAAAUGAGUUAGUUUGGGCAGCUGUGUUUUUUCAAGGGAGCACCGAAAGACCUCGAGGGACUCGGUGACACAGACCGAACUGUUAAGUUGUGCUAAACACAGCCUGUUCUUGCAGGUGCAGGUGCCGUUGACUGUGUUUUGUUUCUGUGUGCAUCUGCUUGCCUGUCGUCUGAGCAGGCCGCAGGGUGAGCUUGUUGAAUCACGCUCACCCCUCAAAGCAUUUAUACAACCAGAGAGGAGGAGCUAAAACCUCCACUUAAAAGAAAGAACUCCAGCCACCCAAUUAUAAAUGAUUUGAAGGUUGUUGUUUUUUUUUGGACCUGAUUGGCUAUAACACUUUCUUAGGGCUAGUUGCCAUAGUUUCUUGCACCAAGAUGAAAGGAGCAGAUUUCAGCAGCAUUGAACUGAUAUUGCCUUUUCUUUUCUCGUUCCUAAUGUUGGGAGCUUGUCCUAAUCUGCAAAGGAAAAUAUAUAGAACCCAACAAAUGAUCUGCGCUGCAUCUGGUUAGGAAACUAGACAGAGUAGCUAAUAGUUUAUACACACAUCCAGAAAAGAAUACCACUGAGCUCAGAUGCAAGUGUUUCAUCAACCAUCUAAACUGUCAUCCUACAUAUAUGUCUGAUCACUCUAUAGAAGGGAAAAGGAGAAAAUACAGAGCAUUUAAAAGAUGAAUCUUUUACUAUAUUGUAAUUUUUUGUGGGGGAAAAAAAAUUUUUAAAUGUGCCAUUUACAGAAACUGCAAGGGUUUGUUAGUGUUUUAAUUUUCAGAGUUAGAUAUCAUUUCCGUCUUGUUCGUUAAAAUACUCAGUUAUUCUUCAGACAUCUUUGGGGUUAACAAAGCACAUGAUGGCGACGGAGCAGCCACUCAGCAAUACUGCGCCUCCUCAUAACAGACUGAUCAGACGAGAAGAGGAGGAGCGUGCAGGAAGGAGAUUCCUUCACACAGCCACAAGCAUCAUCAAAGUUCCCCGCUGGUCCAAGAUUCCACCAUGUUCUCUGUAAACCUUUACAUCAGAUGUUCUGGUUCUGUUUGAGUGAGAAAAUGUGCUUGGCAGUUAAAAUAAGUGUUUUAAAUGGUACUAACAAAUGAUAAUUUAUCCAUAUAUGGUUGUGUUAAAAGUAUGGCAAGUAACAAACUUGCCGUGCUUAGAGGCAAACUAAGUGCGACGGUGGGGAGAUGCAGCAAUUCAUUUACAUCAUUCAGUCGCAUCAGAAUAGCAUUGCAAUAGUUACUAGCACCUUAUUCACCGUGGUCCCCAAUCCUUGAUGAUCUCCCAUAGAGAGUGGUUCACUGUAGUUUCUGGUAACACAGAUGGAGGUGAUGAUUAUACUUUUGGUUAAAAGAAUGAUGAUGAUGGACUGCGAGCUGAUGGCUGGCCCACAGGGUCACUCAUCAGCUCACCCACCGGCACAUGAGGCAUUCAGGUACUCGUGUAAAUGUCACAACAGACAUCGAAUGAAAUUUACAAAGUCUUGAAAUAUACAGAAGUGAAAUGUGCUGUAAGAAUCAUUAUAAACUUGAAGUUCUGUUUUUUUUUCCGUUUGUUUUUUGUGAUUUGUGUUUUCUUUUCCAUUCUUCUGUAGCUGAUUAAUGAGGUACAGUUGUAACCAGAUAUUAACACUAUGUAAAAAGACGUGUCCAGUUUCUUCCUCCCUGUCUCACAUUGAAUCAGACAAAAUAAUUUCUAAUUUGGGUCACUUCAGAUGAGCAAAGUUCCUCCUAUCUACUAAGAACACACACAUUUCCUCAAUAUUUGGAGGAAUUAUCUUGACUCGGGUCAAAUAUUUUGGCCAUUCUUCAACUUAAAUUCCUCAGAAUAAUUUUCUGGAAAACAGAUGCUGACAGAAUUGGUUAGAAGUUAGAACUGAGUUUGGCUGCUACUUGUAUGUAAUUGUUUUAACAGGUGACACCUUUAACUAUCUGGGAAUCUGUGGAAGUCCACAGCCAUCUUCCUGUUAUUUUGACUCCUCAAAUUUUUUUGAUGAUAUUACAUAAGGAAGUUUGUAAUUUUAUGUCUUGCCUAAAUUUCAUCAACAGAUAACUUUGGCUGUUCUAAAUGACAUAAAAGAAAUCAACUAAGACUGAGAGGAAAAAUGGUGGUCUUUUUUUACAGUGUAUGUAAAUAUCUAUCUUCAAAUGUUUAUUUUGGUAAUGUUGAGCGGAUGAUCUACGGUAAAAAUGUGCAAACUGAAAUGGAGAGAGCCAUAUGUAAAUGUGGGCUGUGGAAUAUCUCUAACUUAUUAUUUUUUUGUUGUUGUUUUUAUCUAUUAACAAGCAACACCUUUGUUGUUUUGUUAAGGGGUCAUAUUCUGUCUAUUGCUCACAAAUCAACCAUAAUCAGUGAAAGUAAGGUAUUACAUACAACGUACAUGUAAAUGCAAGAUUUGACUCUUUGUCUUUAUAAUUACUUUAAACACUUAAGCACCUGGGAAAAUGAGCUCAUACAUCAGUACAUGGGAAAUAUAUUUGUAGAAAAUGAGAGUAGAAAAAAAUAAAACUGGGUACAAAACAGGCAAGAAUCUGAAAAGGAGCUAAUUGGAAAAUAGUGACGAUGUUAGCCAUGAUAAGAAACUUUGUGAAAUAUUUUUGUUCGUAGUUGCUCUUUAUAAAUUAAUGGAAAAGAAUCAAUACAAACUGCUUAGGCAUAAUCUUUAAAAAAAAAAAAAAAAGAAAAACUAGAGGUCCAUUU